GUGCGAAACGAGGUAGCUAUCCACAACCAACUUAUGUAAAUAAUAAUUAACAGAAACAAAAAUCAGGUCUUUCUCACUCUCUAAUCUCUACAACAUUUCACUUAUCUUAGCUAUUGGAAUAAGAGCAACGAUCUCUGUUCCUCUCAUGGCUCUCUGUAUAAGAAAUACAAGAGCAAUUGUUAGCCAUGUCAAAUCAAGAAUGGGUCUUUUUUGUGUCCUCAACCGCAGUGCUUCUGUUUCUUCUUCAACCCAUAAUAGCAAAACUCAAUCUACAGCUCUAUUCGCUCAAGAUUUCAAGAACCCAGUAGCAAAUUUCUAUCACAAAGUGUCCUGCCGGUUUUUAUCCUUCAAAGCCGAUAGCGAACAGUUGGGUUCCCACUGUAGCUGCCUUGACAACAAUCAGGUUUUGGAUUUUCCUGGAGGAAAAGUUGCAUUCACUCCAGAAGUGAGGUUCUUAUUUGGAUCUACUGAGGAGCGCAUACCCUGUUAUCGUGUCCUUGAUGACAAUGGUCAGCUAAUUGAGAAUAUUAACUUUACAGGGGUCAGCAAGGAAAUUGCUAGGAAAAUGUAUAUUGAUAUGGUGACACUUCAAACUAUGGACACUAUCUUCUAUGAAGCACAGAGACAAGGAAGAAUUUCAUUCUAUGUGACAACAGUUGGUGAAGAAGCCAUCAACAUUGCAUCAGCUGCAGCUCUCACAAUUGAUGAUCUUGUUGUCCCUCAGUAUAGAGAGCCAGGAGUUCUUUUAUGGCGUGGAUUCACUCUUCAAGAAUUUGCAAACCAAUGUUUUAGUAAUAGAAGUGAUGAUUGCAAAGGUAGGCAGAUGCCUGCCCAUUAUGGAUCAAAAAAGCACAAUUACUUCACUGUAGCAUCAACAAUUGCCUCACAGCUUCCACAUGCAGUUGGUGCUGCAUAUUCUCUAAAGAUGGAUGGAAAAGAUGCUUGUGUUGUCACUUAUUUUGGUGAUGGUGGAUCAAGUGAGGGAGAUUUUCACGCUGCUUUAAAUUUUGCGGCGGUCAUGGAGGCACCAGUUAUAUUUAUCUGUCGGAACAAUGGAUGGGCUAUUAGCACUCCUCUUUCCGACCAGUUUCGAAGUGAUGGUGUUGUUGUUAGAGGACAGGCUUAUGGAGUUCAAAGCAUUCGUGUAGAUGGUAAUGAUGCUCUGGCAAUGUACAGUGCAGUUCAUGCUGCUCGUGAAAUGGCAAUCAGCAAACAUACGCCGAUCUUAGUAGAGGCUCUAACAUAUCGAGUAGGACAUCACUCCACAUCAGAUGAUUCCACAAAGUAUCGUUCAAUUAAUGAGAUUGAACUGUGGAGAUCGGCACGAGAUCCUGUUACUAGAUUACGAAAAUGGAUAGAAAGCAACGGUUGGUGGAGCAAUGAAGCAGAGUCAGACCUCAGAAACACUGUGAGGAAGCAGCUAUUAAAAGCAAUUCAAGUGGCAGAGAGAGUUGAAAAACCUCCAGUUGCAGAUGUUUUUACUGAUGUGUAUGAUGUUCUCCCAUCCAACCUUAUAGAGCAGGAGAAGUUUCUAAGAGAAGCCGUCAGGAGACACCCACAAGAUUACCCAUCAGAUGUUCCUUUGUGAACCUUUUUCCAUGAUAAAUAAACGGGAUAUCUGAUAUGCUUCAUUUAUGAGAAUUUGAACUGAACCAAUAGUUGCAGGGUUAAAAAUCCUUAAGGUUGGCAGGGGCUGGGCAAGGUGCUAGGUUGAAGGGCCCUAGCUAGUACACGGGCUUGGGCAAAAUAAUGGAGUGACACUAGGAAUAAGACUUUUGGGUCGUUUGUUAUAACUGAAUUCUAAAUAUUGUAUAUGAAUAAACAACUUAUUGAAUUGAACGACUAAGGUUCCCUUUGUAUCCAUAAAA